AUGAAUUUCGAGGACUUGAAAAGUGCUGCUCGGAGACAUAUCCAAGCCAUCACCGCUAUCCACCCUACGCCGGCUUUGCCCAGAGCCUUCCUUUCCAGAGAGGCCCGAAGCACAGGCUUAGCGUCUCUCGUUGAGAACCUUGAGGUCUCAGCUUCAGCAAGAUCUACAUCUCAAUUGUUUGAAAACAUCAUUGUGUUGAACGUGUAUCUCGCUGAGGAAGGUAACCAGCUUGAACGUGACUAUAGACACAACCGCCCGGACAAAGAUGCAGCAAUCUUUCUUCGCGAAUGGGUAGCUGGAGCUGUCCUACCCACCGAAGCUUUUGCAGAGGCUUCGCCAUAUUCAAUAAAACAAAAGGCAACGCUCACUCCUGAUGAAGUCGCCAAAUAUCAUGCCAUGAGCCUAUCAGGCAUACUACUAUUGUCUCGCUUAGAGAAUAUUGAGCCCCUGUCAAAAGACGAGUCUGUUGUGACCAUUCUCACAUGCCUGGCAUCAUUCACUGAUCUGAACGAUCCUUGGACCUAUUCGGAAGCCAAGGACCAUGCAUGUGUUCUCUCCGAACACUACGCAGCUACUGCAAAUCUAUCCACUAUACUUACUGGACUACUUCAGGCACGUGUCAAACCGCUCUUUGCAAAAACCAAGAAUCCGGCAAUUACACAGCAGGGGCGGAAAGCCAUUGAUCCUCUUCCAAGCGCGGCUACAGCUCAUAGUGAUCUCGAUGGUGAAACUAAACCCUGGAAGUACCGCGAUGCUUAUAUUGUCACUGUUUUCCAAUGGGGUUUGAACCAUUUAGAUGAAUCGUCAGUGCCGGCGAACUGGCCACUGAUCAUCCCCCCACUUCUUGCACUAAUCGAUGACUCUUCAACUAAGUACAAAGUCAAAGGCUGCAGCUUCCUCGCCAUUUUCCUUCAGAAGUGUCCUUCGCGGCUACUAGAGCGUACCGGCCUCGGAGAAAUAUUCGAAAAUGCCGUAAUGCCGUGCCUAAUGUCCUUGCCGUCACUAACAGAGGAAGCUGAAUCUCUGCAGCUGCUGAAAGCAGCCUAUCCCGCACUGAUCUCCUUGGCUUUUGUCCGGUUCCCUGAUGAAAAGCAUCAACCUGCAAGAAUCAAAGCACUGGACAAAAUCCUUCGAAAUGGGAUAUUGAAAGGGUAUGCGUAUGCUGGAGAGCAUGUUAAAAUAGCAGAGUUCUUAAUCAACGAAAUGGCAGUCCUUGUGAACGAGCUGGAUGUUGAAUCUAUCAAACAUCUAAAGCAUGUUCUUCCCUUGCUGACUGGCAUCUUGGCUGCACCAUUUGCUACAGCCUACCCGCCUCUGCUUCAAGCUUCUGUGAAAGCAGUACAAACGAUCAUUGUCGCUGAUUGGCCUCGCAUUGCUCAUCAUAGGGGCGAGAUCUUGAAAGGCUUGACAGUCUGCUGGUGCCGUAUUGGAUUUGAGGAGGCGCAAUGUCAGGAGCUCAAGCAAGUGCAAGAGAGCAUCGAACGAGCGGUGCAGCUUUUGACAUGCGUACUGAUGGGGAAAGUCCUUUUAGUAGAGGAGUACCAAACUCUGAUUGACAGCGACAGCAGACUUCGAGAUCUAUUGGUGGUCUAA